AUGGUCACAAAACCGACACCAGAAGAGCGGUCCAAAUCACGCGUUCGACCUGCAGACGACUCUCUGCUCGGACCCAAGACAUCGCGCCGGCGCGUGUCCCACAUUUCAAGAGCGUGCAACUCGUGCCGCCUCAGGAAAACAAAAUGCGACGGAGGUCAACCAUCGUGCGCGAUUUGCAAGGUGUAUAAGGAAGACUGCGUUUACACCCCUGAACAGGACGGCAGACGGUCCACACCGAAAGCGUACGUCGCCUCACUCGAGUCGCGCGUUCGGUCACUCGAGAGCAUCCUCAAGUCACACGGCAUCAGUCCCACCGCGAUCGACGAGGCCACGUCGGAGGACAAAGACAAGAAGGCUCUGAAACCCAUUGACGAAGAGACGGGGCAGCUCGUUGAGUGCGGUCACACCUCCGUGUUCAAGCAUCCCGAAUCCGCCCCAGCGCUGCCGUCAAACCUCGCGGGCGCGUCGAUGCGACGAGUGGAGCGCGUUGCCAAUCUGACACCGCGAAAGGAGGAGUCUUCCCUGCCUUCCCCCGAACUCGAUCAAGCAACGCACGACGAGGUUCUACGCCUCUUCUUCGAUUACUUCAACCCACAGUGCAUGUGGGUGCACGAGAAGGAGUUCCGAACGGAUCUGCGGACCGCCCCCGCCGUUGAGGGUACGGUCGUCCGGCCACGCCAGUCUGCGUACUACAGCCCGAUGCUGCACAACAUUGUUCUUGCGAUUGGAGUGUCGCUCCUGCAGAUCGACCCUCAAGUUCGCGAGCGGUUACGAACGGCAUUCUCUAGACGUGCGAAGGACCUCUUCGAGGAUGAGGUCGAAUCGGCCAUGCUCAGUACAGUGUCGGGGGUAUUGCUUCUUGGAACAUACCAUGCCAUCGUCGCGCGGCAGAACCUCGGCUUCGUGUAUGCCGGGGUUGGAUUCAGACUCGUUCAAGCUUGUGAGCCUGCUGGGAAGGGCACAACGACAGCUGACACGCAGUGGGACUGGGGACGAGCUGCUCGUACUGGGUCAACAACGGCACGAUAUCGGACGAGACAAGACAGUAUCGUUACAAGAUGUUCUACUCAGCGUACAUCCUGGACAACCCCGGACCCCGAGGAAGACGAGGUGCUGUGGCACCCGAUCAUGGAGACGAAGGUCACAUACUCAUUCGAUCCGAUCACUAAGGACCUCGUGGCCAACAUGUCGGCUUUGCCCCGGCAACCCGUCAAGGGCUGGCGAAGCACGACGUGGGUAUGGAUGUGCAAGCUCUGCAUCAUCACAGAGCGCGUGCUGAGCACUGUGUACUCGACGAGCUUCGACACUCGCUCCAACAACAUCAGACACAUGGUAUCAGAGUUUGAUACAUCUCUCGAGCAGUGGACGGAAACCCUUCCCGAAGCCCUGCGACUCCCAGCUGCAGACGACUCUGAGGCCAUUGUCCCCUCCCACAUCCUCAAUCUGCAUGCGUUCUACUACUUCACAAUGAUUUUGCUCCACCGACCGUGGUUCGCGCAGCUGCAGUCUGGUCAGCAGGACACGCUGACCGACAAUUCGGUUGCCAAAUGCGAGAAGGCCGCGUCCAGGAUUGUCGACAUCAUCACCAUCCAUCGCCGGUGCCCAGGAUUGCAGUACUCGACCGUGCAGCUCAGCCAAAUCGUCUUCAGCGCUGGAACUGUGCACCUUCUCAGCGCGAGGAACGCGAUCAAGCAGUCUCGGAAAGCAAAGUCCAGCAUUGAGAACGUGCAGGCGUGCAUCGGAGCUCUGAAGGAGAUGGGCACGACGAUGAAGUGCAGUGUCACGAGUGCAGCGAGUCUUCAGCGGUUGCUCUCGGAGACCACGAACCCCGGAGCAUCCAAGCAGGCGAGCUCCAGCGCGGCGAAGAAGAUCGCAUCCGGCCAGCCGCCAGACGUCGAGAAUCUACUGAAGGACCCCUCGAUCCAGGAGCAGCUCAAAAAGCUGGGCUGGGCGCCGCCGCCGGUCCCCGACGCGAGAAAGCGGACGGAGAUGGCGCACCAUGGUUUCGUGCCGUUCCCCGUGCAGUCGACAUCAACGGCUCCGGUUCAGACGCCUACGCCACCGGACAACAAUCUGUGGGACAUGCUGAACGCACAAAUCUUCCACUCCAUGCCUGCGCCGAACCCGGGCCGGCCAGCGGAAGAGACCUUAUCGCCGCUCGAGGUCCUUGCACACGCGACGACGUCAGCGGCGACGCCAAGCGCGGCUGGAUCGGGAUUCGAGGGCACAACGGGCACAACCCCGAUUGACACGAGCGCCCUCAUGGACAUCAACGCGAUGUUCAGUGGGGCCGGCACAGGCGGUGCCGAGGCUAGCGGUAGCACGAGCGCCUGGUCGUCAUGGCCGUGGGCCUACAACUCGAACCUGCCGAGGGAGUAG